GAAUGUAAGCUUAAAAACAGGCACGGGAAACUAAUUGUCAAACUCUGUAAAUGUAUUUUGAGGUUUUACAUUGUACAUCUAAUUUUUUGUUAAGAGCAAAACUCAAAAUGGAUCCAAAAAUCAUCACUUUUCUUGUGGUAAAUUUGGCUGUUUUAAACGCCAUCGAAAUGGUUGGAACAGGUUCAGUAGAAAUUAUCUAUGCAGAAGAUGACACAGAAUCAAGAAAAGAUUUAUUGCAUGAUGACAUCGUAAAGCUUCCAAAUCAAAGGAGCACCAUUAUUGGGGACAUCAACCUGUGGACACCCCCAGUGCCUUUUUUGUUUGACACAAGCGUUGACAUACAUACUAAAGGAAUCAUCCUGAGAGCCCUCGACCAGUUCAGACUGAAAUCCUGCAUCGACUUCAAACUCCGAGACGCUGAGGAAUAUUACCUUUCCAUACAAAAGUUAGACGGAUGUUUUUCUUCUAUUGGGAGAGCAGUUGCAAAUGGGCAGGUCUUAUCUCUUGGAGUCGGCUGUGAAUAUGUUCACACUGUUGAACAUGAGAUUCUUCACGCUCUCGGCUUCUACCAUGAACAGUCGAGAUAUGACAGAGAUGAUUAUGUGAGAAUUGUAUGGGACAACAUCCUUAAAGGUAAAGAGCACAAUUUUAACAAGUUUCCAAGAGAUGUAAGCACCACCCAUGGAACGCCAUACGACUAUUGGUCAGUGAUGCACUACAGCAAAGACGCUUUCACCAAUGGAAACGGUUCCACCAUCAUCACCUUAGACCCCAAAUUCCAAAAUGUUAUCGGUCAAACACUGGAAAUGAGUCAUUACGAUGUUCUGGAGCUAAACCUUCUCUACAAAUGUAAUUCAACCGUUGCCUUUAAUAUGUACUGUGGCUUUUCUAAUGGGACCUUGUGUGAAAUGGAUCGCUGUACACAAGGUAGCAUCAGCUGGGAACUGGUAACACAAGUUACAAGUGGUCCAAGUUCUGAUCAUACAACACAACCCAGUGGAAGCAAAAACUACAGUGGAGAAAUAGGCUACUUCAUGCAUGUUAGCACAGCAACAGGUCAGGAGGGAGACACAGCACAACUGGAAACUCAGAGGAUGACUCCCCAAAGAGACUGUCACAUCCAGUGUCUGCAGUUCUACUAUUACCACAGUGGAAAUGAGUCUGAUACUCUCAACAUCUGGAUCAGAGAGUUUGAAAAUGAACAGGACCUAACAGGAACCCGACGCCUCAUGGGGCAGAUCACUGGUUCCCGGACAUCUCACUGGAGGCUUCAUCAUGUUUCCUUAAAUGCGUCUAAGAAUUUCCAGGUGGUGUUUGAAGCUCAGAAAGGAGCAGGACGCUCUACAGGAGGCUUCUCAGUUGAUGACAUCAAUCUGUAUGAGACUGAGUGUCCACAUUUAAGCCUGCAGAUUGAUGACUUUCAGAGAGUGCUGAACACUAGUGCCUCAGGAUCCCAAAUAUACAGUUCAAGGCAGUACUCCAGUGAAGGUUAUGCUUUCCGGUUUGGUGCUCUUUUUUUUGGGACACAUUUUGGACUGUUCAUGCAGUUUCUGUCUGGUGAUUAUGAUGAUCAACUGAAGUGGCCAAGCCUCCGUAAACAAAUGACUUUUCAAAUGCUGGAUCAGACCCCAAACAUUCAGCAGCAGAUGGCAAAGAGGUGGAGUUUCACCACAAACGAAUAUCACGUGGACCAAAAUGGUGUCAAUUACUUUGACAACCCACGCAAGAUUGGAUCUCCAGUGUUCAUUGAUGACAAAAAUAAACAGGUCUAUGGUGGAGUUCUUUAUGGCUUAUAUGUGUUUUCAACUUUGGAAGAAAUGCAAAACAGAGAGUUCCUUAAAGGAGGGAGUGCUGUUUUUACCCUCAACUUUCAAGAUCUCACUCCACUGAUUAAUGGAAGUACUCUACCAUGUCCUCAAGUUAGACCAAUUGACUUUGUCCAUCAGCCAACAAAUGGAAAUGAAGGAUCAUGUUCAUGGACCACAGACAAAAUAACUACAACCCCACCCACUAUCAUUAAGACUCCACCCACCAUCAUAACAAGUCCAUCUCCACCAGAUCCUCCAACGACAGAUGAUGUCAGGACCACAGACAAAAUAACUACAACCCCACCCACUAUCAUUAAGACUCCACCCACCAUCAUAACAAGUCCAUCUCCACCAGAUCCUCCAACGACAGAUGAUGUCAGGACCACAGACAAAAUAACUACAACCCCACCCACUAUCAUUAAGACUCCACCCACCAUCAUAACAAGUCCAUCUCCACUAGAUCCUCCAACGACAGAUGAUGUCAGGACCACAGACAAAAUAACUACAACCCCACCCACUAUCAUUAAGACUCCACCCACCAUCAUAACAAGUCCAUCUCCACCAGAUCCUCCAACGACAGAUGAUGUCAGGACCACAGACAAAAUAACUACAACCCCACCCACUAUCAUUAAGACUCCACCCACCAUCAUAACAAGUCCAUCUCCACCAGAUCCUCCAACGACAGAUGAUGUCAGGACCACAGACAAAAUAACUACAACCCCACCCACUAUCAUUAAGACUCCACCCAGCAUCAUUACAACUCCAUCUCCACCAGAUCCUCCAACAACAGUUCGGAAAAGGACCCCGCCAGCAGAGACUACAACCCCAUCCACUAUCAUCAAGACUCCACCCACCAUCAUAACAACCCAAUCUCCACCAGAUCCUCCAACAACAGAUGAUGACAGGAUCACACCAACUGAGUUCCCCUCAACUUCACAAAAUCGUCCAGAUAAAGAUGAUGACAGCAUCUUUUGCCACUCUCCUGCCAUGAUGCCCUCUGUCACCCUCAUCUUCCUACUAGUCCUGAUGAUUCUGGUACCUUAGUGUGGAUGUCUUCAUUGUUUCAUGUGAUUAUUAAAUAAGGUGAUUCAAUUAAUUAAAUCUGGAAUUUUUGGGUUUAUGGUAUAAUUGUAACGUUAAAACAUCCUACUUUCUGGAACAACAAACAUGGAUAUAUAAAAGAAAAAUAAUACUCAUUUGAAGGUGGAAGUAAUUAUUUUUUAAUAAUCAUUAGUUAAUUUAUUUAUAUCAACUGUGAAAUGGAAAAAGGAAAACUAGAAUAUAAGUAAUUUACAUAAAAAUGUGUAUGUUUAAAUGAUUUGUUCGCCACAAAAUAUGUAUAUACCCGUACAUAUAUACAUACAUGUAUGUACACACAUAUUUUGUAUAUGAUAAAUAGGAGAACUUAUUUUCAAAGCUUCUUUGGAGUCUGAGAAAACUGUUUGUUAUCCAGCACUGUUCACAUAACCCCAGCUUAUUGUUACUUCCUUCUUUAUGGAAGUUACUGUAGAAAGAGGUCGCUGCAAUGACAUAAUUGUUACUGUGAUUUAUCAGAAACUGGAGGCUUUUUAAUGAUGUAAUGAAGGUGAUGAAGGGAGGCUGAUUUUAAAACAAGAUGGCUGACUAAUUGCCAGUCCUGGGCAGUUUUCAUUUAACUUUCGGCUAAGAUGAACAUUGAUUUAGUUGCAUAUUUUUUAUCUAUUUCUCCAAAAAUCUUAUAAAUGAAUAAAUCUAUUAUGAAAAGUUUAA